AUGUUUGCUCCGGAAACAACACAAAUGGCUCUUGAAUUGUGGGCUGCUAUGGGAUAUUGGGCAAAUAAUGUGAUUUUCAUAUUUGCUGGAUUUUGUGUGGGUACCGAAAUGUUAACUCCCAGUGACGAUCACUCAAACUACCUAGAAGUUAAUUACGAGGACCUUUCUAUUGUAGUGGAAGGAAUGCUACUGGCACCAAUAUUACUGUUUGCUAGAAUUGCAGCAGUAUAUCUGUUCUACAAAGUUGGUGCCUUUUGA